GUCUACUAUCUGCUGUAGAAAAUCGUCUGGUGUUUCGUUAAAGAGAAAACAAUUAACAGAAAUCUAGAGAGAGAAACAGAGAAAUGGAAUGCUUUCCUCUCUACUGUUCAAUUCCUCCGAUUCUUCCACUUCCAAGAACCCUUCUGCUUCCCUACACUCACUCCUUCUCCAACUUCCCUUCCCCAAUAACUCACCCUCGCCGCCGUUCUCCUCGAUUCGCGGCGAAUUCUGGAGAUACAAGCCUCACCAGUUCUUUGGCUUACUCCAUCCUCGGCGUCGACUCCGGCUGCUCAGCCGUCGACCUCAAAGCUGCUUUCCGCACUAAAGUGAAGCAGUACCAUCCUGAUUUAAAUAGAAAUGGUGAAUCAGACGCAAUGAUCCGCCGAGUAAUCAAAGCAUAUGAGCUGUUAUCUAAUUACAGCCGACCAGAGAUCAUUGAGAGGUGAAUUUCAUUUUUUUUUUUCCAGUAUGCUUAUUUCGAGACAGUUAGAUGUCAUGUUUUUUAUUUGUUCAAGCAUUAGCAUUGGUAGCAGCUGCAUUAAAAAGCUCAUUACUUC